GGUGGCGGCACCUACCUGGCAACCAUUUUGAAUGCCUCAAGUAUCCGGCGCAAAACAUUUUAUUAGUUGAUUACUGUUACUUCGGCCUAAUGGCCCUAUCUUAUCGGUAGUCGCUCAUGCCACAGUCCGCUCGUACUUCGGGGAAAGCCUCUUAGCUUGCCUCCCCACGCUCCAAGCUUCUCGUGCGGCUGAAAAAUGGACAGCUACAGCAAUGCCGGUCGGAAGCACGACCCCGACAUGUACCUCAGAGUUGAGGUGAACCUCCCGGCCGUCCGACAGAGAGCGUCUGUGUUGACAACGCGGAGGGCGGUCAAGAAAGACUACCAGGCAGCAUGGCUUCUGCGAGCGGUCACUUGUAUCGACUUGACAACAUUGUCGGGUGACGACACCUUCAGUAAUGUUCAUCGCCUCUGCUCAAAAGCAGCCAACCCAAUUCGUGCGGACAUUCUUGACGGCCUUGGGAUCGAGAAAGGAGUCGUAACGACCGGAGCGGUGUGCGUUUACCCUGCCAGGGUCGCUGACUGCGUCAAAGCAUUCGGCACGCUGGACCUCGAAAAGCCAAUUCCGAUUGCCGCCGUAGCGACUGGAUUUCCGACGGGACAAUAUGGGCUGUCGUCGAGGCUAGACGAGAUAAAGUACGCCGUUGAAAAUGGAGCCAGCGAGAUCGACAUCGUCAUCAAUCGUGCUGCCGCUCUCACCGGCGACUGGGAAACUGUCUACUCCGAGGUGUGUGAUAUGAAGAAGGCAUGUGGGAAAGCCCACCUCAAAACCAUCCUUGCCACCGGAGAACUGGGGACUCUGCAGAAUGUCUACAGGGCGAGCAUGGUCUGCAUGAUGGCCGGAGCGGACUUCAUCAAGACUUCAACUGGCAAGGAGGGUGUUAAUGCGAUUUUGCCCGUGGGUAUCGUGAUGGCUCGAGCGAUCUGGGACUAUUACCUGGACACAGGCAUCAAGGUCGGGUUCAAGCCUGCCGGUGGAAUUCGAACUGCCAAGGACGCGCUUUCCUGGCAGUUCCUGAUGAAGGAAGAGCUCGGCGACGAAUGGCUCCAGCCAGAUCUGUUCCGCAUCGGCGCCAGUGGUCUGCUAGGGGACAUCGAGCGGCAGCUUUUUCACCACGUGACUGGUCGCUACGCGGCACUCAGCGACAUGCCUCCCUGCUGAAGUGGCAUGAACGCCAGGAAUCGGGUGGAGUGGGAGGCAUACCGGUUUUCACCAAUAAAUGCCUUGUACAGCCUUGA